UACAGUAAAGUUACGCUUAAAAAAUAUCGAAUCUAAAAAUUAUAAAAUGACGGAAAGCAUUCACCAAACGAUUCGAUCAACUUAUACUUCCACCGGCGGUAUUUUAUUGCUUCUCUUACUUUUUCAAACGGUUCAACCACUUUUUAGUCUUCACAAUGGUCAACAUUAUAAUAAACGCUUUUCACUCGUUGGAGCAGCUGAAAAAUUACCAGCCGAUAAGCGUACACUUACAUCGGGUAGUGGAAUUGGCGGAUCUGCAGGUCAGCCAGAGGAAAUAUUUAGUGCAAGUGAUCAGUUGGAGUCAAAUUACGAUGAAUAUCCAAUGGUUGUACCGAAAAGAGCAGCUCUUCUUCUUGAUCGCCUUAUGGUAGCGCUUCAUCAUGCCCUGGAAAAAGAACACAGUGGUAGUACAAGAUUAAGUGAAUUCUAUAAUAAUAAAAACAACAACAAUAAUAACAAUAAAAAUAUUGCAUCUGGAGUAAAUGAUCGCAUCAAGGAUGAGGAGGACAAAGACGACAACAUUCAAGACAAUAAAGAUUCUCCAUAUCUUGCCAUGUACAGCGAUGAUGAUCCAACUGUUAUGAUGGACUAUGAUUUUAAAGAUCUCAAUUCGAUAAAUCGUGCUACAGGCGAAACUUUAAUGGCACAGAGCUUUCAGAGAAGAGCGAACGUGGGCUUGGAUUUGGGUGGCGAUAUGGGAGUCGAGGGUGUUUCAUCAUUAUUAGAUGCAUCAUCUUCAACGGCCCUCAGUAGAGGUCUUUUAAAUGGAUAUAAUAGCGGUGAUAUUGGUGUCGGUGGUGUUGGUGGAGGAGUUGUUGGUGCGGGGGGUGGACGAACGGCAAGUUCUUACUGGCGUUGUUAUUUUAAUGCUGUAAGUUGUUUUUAAAAUUCAUCCAGUGCUAAAACUUAAAUAUUAUACGCAUGUAUACAUAAUUAAAAAAUUAAAACAAUCAAAUUAAAUAAAUGUAUUUGUAAAAUUAUAAGAUUUAAAAUAUUGCACAUACAUAGUUAUUAAAUAUAAAAAGUUUAAUUUUAAAUAAAAACUAUAAUGCUUACAAUGUGAACAAUCACAUAAAAAUUUUACCGAAACCUACAUUGGUUUCGACAAAAACUCGUUUUUCACAUUGUGAGUGUUCGUCGAGUUUCUUUAAAGUACUCGCGACUAUUAGAAGUUAAGUAACGUAUGUAUGUAUUAAUGUAUAUUUGAAGUUCUAUAUGUGUAUGUUUUUAUAUUUGUACGAUUUGUAUUUUAUAAAUAAUUAGAAUUAAAUAUACAAUUAAUGUGUAUGUAAUAAUUAUGACAUAAUUUAUUAAGCAUUAUAUUUAAUUUAUAAUUCUACAGUUGUAUAUUUCCAUAUUUUAUUUUCAUUUAAUGUUUUUUUAACAAAUAAACCAAUAUAACUCA